GUCAUUUAACUACUUUACUUCUUGCAUCAAAAGAUUGAUUUGUCAUAGUGCGUUUCGGCGUAAGAAAAAAAUAAUUGAAAUAAUUUAAAUAAAGUGUGCUCAUGGGCUUUCUUUUUAUAUUUCGUUUAAUUCAAUUAUAAGUGCAAUUGACUCUAAUUUAGUAAUUUCAAACGAAUAAAAAUAUAAUAAACUAGCUGCCUAUCAAUUUCUUUAGAGGGUCUAAAUGUGGAUAUUUUUUUUCCCCUCAUCAAAUUGAAUUAAUCUUUUUUUGAGUCAUAUAGAAAAAUAUUAUAAAAAAAAAUGACAACCCACUUUUGUUAAACAUUACUUUUUUGUUCAUAACCAAGGCUUAGAAAAAACAAACACCAACAAUAAGCAAGACCAUGACAUCAAACAGGAAGAAUGCAUCAACUAGUUGCUGUUCUCAUGAAAGCGUAUCAAACUCCGAUAUAAAUGAGAUCAGUGUAGAAUCACAACAUCUAACCGAGAAAGUUGGAUUGAAAUAUCUGCCAAGUUGGCCAGCAGUAAAUUUAGAAUUUCGUGAUUUGAAUUACUCAGUUCCGGAUUUAACCAAAGGAAGUAAACUCAUUCUUCGAGGUAUCCAUGGUGAAUUUAGAUCUAAUGAACUAACAGCUGUGUUGGGUCCAUCAGGAUGUGGCAAGACUACACUUUUAAAUGUUUUGGCAGGAUACAAUUCCUCAACAGCAACUGGCCAAAUAAAUGUAAACCGUCGACCUAGACAAGCAAAAAUCUUCCGACGAAUGUCUCGCUAUAUAAUGCAAAACGAAGUUCUCGACCCACAUUGCACUGUUCAAGAAGCUAUGAUAUUAGCAGCACAUCUUAAGCUUGGCAAUGAGUUACCCAUGUCACAAAAAAUGGAAAUGAUCGAUGAGAUUCUUUACAUGCUUCGUUUGAAGAAGUCUGAAAACACCAUGUGUGAACGAAUGUCAGGUGGAGAGAAAAAGCGUCUAUCAAUUGCACUAGAACUGGUCAAUAAUCCACCUGUCAUAUUUCUAGACGAACCAACUACCGGUCUUGAUGACUUAUCAAGUUCUCAAUGCAUCUCAUUACUACGUCGAAUAGCACACUCGGGUCGAACAAUUAUCUGUACAAUUCAUACACCAUCGGCUAAACUUUUUGACAUGUUUGACAAGGUGUACGUCCUUGCGGACGGUCAGUGUGCCUAUCAGGGUUCAACACAAAACAUUGUGCCAUUUAUGAAUUCAAUUGGAUUAUCUUGUCCGCUAACAUACAAUCCAGCUGAUUUUAUAAUUGAAGUUGCUGGACGAGAAUAUGGAAAUGAUUAUUAUGAUAAAAUGGUUGCUGCUGUUGAAAAUGGCAAAUGUUCAAGAUGGACCCCAGACUUUGAUUACAACAACACAACAAUUAGCGAUACUCAUGAACAAGCCAAAUCCAUGGAAGAAUUCGAAGAAGAAAUCAAUCCGAAACUUUUAAAAUCCAAAUGUUCGUGGCUUUUACAAUUUCGAUUACUUUUGAGAAGAAUGCUUAUACAAAUGUGGAGAGAUAAAUCCUACAUCAAGCUGAAAUUUAUUGUCACAAUCGCUCUGGGUAUGAUUGUUGGAGGAAUCUAUGAUGGAGUCGGAAAUGAUGCUACGAAAGCUUUGUUCAAUUUCGGUUUCGCAUUCACAAUUAUUAUUGCAUAUUUAUAUCUGCCAAUGAUGCCAGUUUUGCUUCAAUUUCCCACCGAAGUUCGACUACUUAAGCGUGAGUACUUUAACCAGUGGUAUCAACUAAGCUCCUACUACUUAGCAAUGGUUUGUUCGAAAAUACCAUUCAUGUUAAUAUUGGCUAUGAUCUACAUCACAAUGAUUUACUUGAUGUCUAACCAACCACUUGAGCUUAAUCGGUUUUCCAUGAUCUUUCUUAUUUCAAUUUUAACUGGAAUGACUUCUGAUAGCUUAGGUGUUCUUAUUUCUUCGCGAUUUAGCAUAGUUAACUCAAUGUUUGUUGGACCUGUAAUAUCAGUUCCAAUGAUUCUACUCUCCUGCUAUGGCAUUGGCUAUGGUAAAGAAACCUACGUGCCAGCAUACUUAAAAUUUUUCAUGUCUAUGAGUUAUCUUCGACAUGGUCUGGAAGGACUUGUAGCAGCACUUUAUGGAAGCGAUCGCUCCGAUACUAUUUGUCCUGAAACUGAAAUAUUUUGUAUGUUCAAAAAGUCCAAAUUUCUACUCGUAAUGUUGGGCUUUGAUGGAGUUGAUUAUACAUAUUCGGUUUCCUGUUUGGCGAUAUUUUAUGUUGUUUUUACUUUGGCAGCAUUUAUAAUGAUAAAACAACGUUUAACAUUUAAUUCAUCAAAUUAUAUUGCUGUACAGUAUAUUGGACAAUUUGUUAAGUCACAUUUGAAUUUUGCAUCUUUAAAGUACUAACAACAAAUUUGGGUUGGGAGAGGAUUUUUAGAAUCAUAAUGUUUGGUAAGUAAGUACCAGUGUUAUUGUGUGUAUAAUGUAGAUAGACAAAUUAUAAUUAGCUUUAUGUUUAUGUGGUUUUACAGUGAUAUUAGAAAUUAAGUAAAUUUUUGUUUAAUUGAAAUCUCUUUUGAAUAUACUUAUUAUUUUUACAGAA